UUUGUGCUGGGCUAGCCGUUACUCGGCUCUUCCUUUUUUCAAAAUUGAAAUAGUGCCCUCUUCUCUACAAAAGACUUAGAAGAUUUCAAAAUUGAGUAGUCUCAACAAUGUUAGCACAAUCUCCGGUGGUCGGAAACCAGAUCCAACGCCAGAAAACCGGCCGGAAGCAUCUCCAGAUAAGGAACACUCCGGCGAAUCAAUUCCCCGAUGAAGCGAUCAAACCCAAGCUAAAACACGACCUGCUCGACAUUUCACUGUACCACAUCUCAAACAAGGAAAAUGUCCAUCCGCUUCAGGCGGGGGCGGCGGGAAAGGGGAAGCCGCACGGUGAAAUCGAACUGCGGGACUCGUCGCUGGCCGAUGAGCUCAGCUCCAUACGGGAGAAGCUGGAGAGGAUGAGGAUCGACAAGCAGAGAACGGAGAAGAUGCUCCGUGAGCGGGCGGCGGUGAUGGAUUUGCAGAUGCAGGAGCUGAUAAACAGAGGAGAGAUUCAGAAGCAGCUUGAGCUGGAGGUCGAUCGCCUUUUCCGAUUGAAGGAGCUCCGGCUAUCUUGUAUGAGAAUAUCUCCUAUUCGAUCGCUUCGAGAUAAGGAGAAAGAAAAAAAGGGGAAGGAAGAUCAAUUCAAGGACAUGGAAGAAAUUGAAAAUGAGGAAGGAUCACAGGGUAGAAUUGCACCAUCAAGCCCAAGUUCAGAUCUUGAUACAGAGGAAUGAAAGGAAAAAGAUCUAGAAGAAAGAUAUCAAGCGUUUCAAUCUUGGAUUCUUGAUGGAGUAGGAAAUGAAAAGAAACAUACACAAUUUCUUGUUGUACAUGAUUUUAUUGAUUAGAAAGAGCACAACUGUUGUUCCCUUUAAUAUUACAAAUAGGUGGAGAGACUUUCAUUGUAGUAGUAUCAAUUUGUGGUUUGGUGGCAUUUACAUUUUCAAUUGGAAUUAAUUCACUUUUGGUUCUACGAGUUUUGUCCUAAUUCUACCUUUUAGUGCACGUCUUUCACUUUAUCUACUUUUGGUACUUGACUAAUGUUUUUAACCGUUUGUGGUCCUUUUUCGGCAAUUUUAACCAUCGGCAACAAUGCCGGAAGGACCAUAUAUGAGCGAAAACCCAAUAGUCGUAGAUCAAAAGUAGGCAAAGUGAAAGAUGUGGACUAAAUGUAGAAUUGCCUAAAACUCGUAUAACCAAAAGUGGAAUUUAUUCUUUUCAAUUGC